GUGUGUGUGUGUGUGUAGAGUAGAGCUGCUUCACCCACACUUUCCUCAGUAAGAGAACACACUCAGAGAGGAACAAUGUCGGAGCUGCUGAGAAUACUGCUCCUCUUACUGCCUGCCAUCCUGCACACAGCAAAUGGGCAUUCCGAGGCAGUGCCAUUUAGGUGCCUCUGGAGCUCUGAUGGUCUCAGUGACAUGGAGCUCAUAGAGUCUUACAUCUUCAAUAAGAUCAAAUACAUGGAGUAUAACAGCACUGUGGGGAAGUUUGUGGGAUACACUCAAAUAGGCAUCAAAAACGCAGAGAGAUUUAACAAUGACACUGCACUGCUGCAAGCACGGAAAGCUGCUGUGGAUGGUGUCUGUAAGCACAAUGCUCAGAUUUACUACAGCAACAUCCUCAGUAAAGCAGUUGAGCCCCAGGUUGAGGUCACUUUGGUAAAGAAGUCAGAUGGCACUCACCCAGCCAGGCUGAUGUGCAGCGCUUACAGCUUUUACCCCCCAAAGAUUGAGGUGACCUGGCUGAGAAACGGGAAAGAGAUUGAGGGAGGUGUAACAUCCACUGAGGAGAUGGCUGAUGGAGACUGGUACUAUCAGAUCCACUCACAUCUGGAGUACAUGCCUGAAUCUGGAGAGGAGAUCUCCUGUGUGGUGCAACACGCCAGCUUCCAAAAGCCCAUGGUCUAUAAGUGGGGUGAGUCUGAUCAUCACAGUCAGAUCUAAAUAUCUGAGUCCACUGUCAUG